UUCAAGUGCACAUCUCCGGUGCCGCCUGUUGACAAGAAGGGGGCGGAGUAUGUAUGGCUGAUGGACAAGUGCUUCAACCAGUCAAAGGAGGACAAUGUUGGCUCGGAACCGCUUCAUCCUACUUCUGGUGGUUGGGGCGGUGCUAGCGGUGCUAAGCUACAGCCUGCAAUAUCUGCACUUCAUUCCCAUCAAUCCCGUGCCAGAGGAGAGGUCACAUGGCAAAAGCAGGAAGAGAGUGAAUCCUGUCAUCCACACUGAGCCGCCGGAACCUGAUCCGCUCACAGACACACUCCGAUACUGCAACAUUCCCAACAGCACAGAGCACAGCACAGAGGGACACAGUCCUCCUGACUAUAAGCUGCUGUCAGUUCAUGUGAUGAUUCGCCAUGGAGACCGUUACCCUCUGUACUCCAUCCCCAAAACCAAGAGACCCUCUGUUGACUGUACACUGUCUGCCAAGAGGAGGCCCUCUCACCCUCUCCUGUCAUCCUUUAUCAGUCACAUGGCACUGGGUGGGCGUGGCCACUGGGAUGCAUCUCUGGCCUCUCUACCUCGUCUGCCCAAUCACAGUCAGUGUGAGCUGGGUGAGCUGACACAGACAGGUGUGGUGCAGCAUUUGCGGAAUGGCCAGGUGUUGCGUCAGGCUUACAUGACACGUCAUAAACUGCUGUCAGAUGAUUGGUCGGCGCGGCAGGUGUCCGUGGAGACGACAGGGAAGAGCCGCACGCUGCAGAGCGGAUUGGCGCUGCUUUACGGCUUCAUGCCGGCUUUUGAUUGGUCGCGUCUGACCAUCAGGCAGCAGUGGAGCACUCUGUUCUGCGGUUCCUCGUGUGACUGCCCGGCGCGGAACCGAUACCUAGAACAGGAGCAGCACAGACAGUACCUCCAGAGAACAGCCGACACCGAGCUUGAGCUCACCUACGUCACCAUGGCCAAGGUUCUGGGCGUGGCCACGAGAACGUUACGGGCGUCCAAUCCCGUCGACGCCCUGCUCUGUCACUUCUGUCACGGUCUGCCCUUCCCCUGCGCCAGCGCGCGCGGUGCUCAGACGCGCCCCCAGGCCGAGGGGGCGUGUCUCACGCCGCAGCAGUUUGCUGUGAUUCGCCGGCAGCAGUGUGACGACGAGCGUGAACGGCGGGAGGCGGGGCUUUACAGGCGGUACGCCGUCCUGGCGGCUCACCCGUACCUCAACCGCUCGGCAACGCGCAUGGAGCGGAUCGCCCGCGGCAACCAGAGGCGCAAGGGCCCGGAGGAGGCGGUCUUGGCUUUAGCAUCCGCCCACGACAUCACCAUGGCGCCGGUGCUGAGCGCCCUGGGCCUGGAGCGCGCCGGGUUCCCGCGCUUCGCUGCACGGCUGGUGUUUGAGCUGUGGAGGGGUCCGGAGGAAACGGGGGAGAAAGGGAGGAGAGGGGGGGGAGGGAGAGAGAGAAAGAAAGAGGGGAAAAGAGGUAUAGAGAACACGUUUGUGCGUGUGCUUUAUAACGGAGAAGAUCUGACCUUUGACACUGCCUUCUGUCGCCAGCACGAUCGGUACUCUGCCCAGCCGCUCUGCCCUCUGGGGAAUUUCCUGGCCUUCGUCAGGAGAGACAUGUUCAGCAUCGUCAAUGCUACAAGCUACCAGCAGGCCUGUCACAGAGCAGUGCUGUAGACAC